AUGGAACCUCAAGAGUUCGUUCUCAAUUAUCCCCAUUUUUUCAAGCCCAUCCCGCUAAUUUUGACAGAAUAUGUCGUUAUUUUGCGAGAAACGCACAUAGCAAAUGGAGAGAAACCCUCUCGUACCCAGGGAAAACCUUCAUGGCCGUCCGGCAGCUUGUCUAACUCGGAGAGAGAGUUUCGAUCUUGGAAGCAUAGUAUUCCCCUCAACAGCGAAACCGUAUUGUCUAGCGGCAAGCUUGCUUUGGUAUUUCAAAAAGCGCAUCAACUUAUUGAGAUUGAUGUUAGUGUUCGUCAAGCAGUCAUUCAGAAGCUCUCUGAGGACGGUGGUCUUGGUUGUAUCAAGAUGCUGGUCGAACAGAACUUUGAACAACUUCCUACAAGCACGAAGGAACACUUAUUCCAAACUCUAUUUCUUCCCCUCCUGAAAACUAUCUCCCAUCCCGACGUGUUACAAUCGUUGAUACUCGAACGGCCGGUCGGAACCAUUUACAAUUUUUUGUUUGGAGUAGGAGGAAUCAGAGCCUCAAAGCUUCUGACCUUCUGUUCCGAAGUUCUCAUGCAUUGUACAAAAGAUGAGUCUACCUUGGAGUGGUUAGAUGCUUCUGUUUUGGUGUUCUCGCGAAUUGUGGAUCUCAAUUCCACAGCCCUUGUUCAGGUAUCUCUCAAGAAUUGUGCGAGUCAGUUCCAAUUGAUAUUCACCACUUGGGUCACCGAUCAUCCUGAGCAUCCUUUGAACGAGUCACGAGUGCAUUUAGAGCGCUUACUCCGCCGCUUUGAGGUGGGUGUCUCACUGCCAAACAUGGCUCAAAACAAUGUAUCUCAAGGGCCAAAAGUGCGAGGCUCUUUCGUCAUUGCAUACGACCCCCCCGGUGGCCGCCAUGACAAUGACCACACAGACAUCUGCCAGAUUCGCAUUAUGCCAACCUUUCAAGAGAUUUCCAGUCGCCGUCACGAGUAUCUUCCACCGUUCGACCCAACACAAUGGCAUGUCAAUGGCUUUCACGGACUUCUGGAUCGCAACUUCCGUUUGCUGCGCGAAGAUACCGUCGGCCUGCUCCGAGAUGCUAUCCACUCCGAGAUUCAGCCAUCACGAAGCGUCCUGAAUCACAAAAGCCAACAACGUACUAAUGUAUAUCAGAGUGGUAGGAUCGUGCAGCUCGGUUUUCAUUGGAAGGAUGGAUUUCAGUUCAAGCUGGGCUUUUCUCAGCCGACUCAUGUCGGUAAAAUGACGGCCCCGAGACGCGAGGAAUGGUGGAACAUGUCCAAACGUCUGCAAUCUGGGGCUUUGGUCUGCCUCAUCUUGCAGAGAAACUCUGUGGUUUUCUGUACUGUCAUCAACCCGCAAGCUACGGCGCAUAAGCGACAAGGACAGAAUGAUAACAAAUCUCAGCACAAGGAUUCGGAUUUUUUAUGGAAAGAUUCUCAAGAAGCCGCCGUCUUUCUGCAAUUGACCAGCUUGAACGACAGAAGUAUUGAAAUGGUUCUGAACAACUACACCACAAAAGACUCGCACAUCGCUCUUGUGGAAUUUCCAGGUGUUCUUCUACCAGCGUUUGAACCAACACUGAAAGCACUUCAGUUGAUGAAAAGAAUUGAUAAUCUUCCGUUUUCUGAACUGCUGAUCCCCAACAGCACUCAUGCCGGAUCUCCAACCUAUGCCGCCCCUCUCUACGCAGCCGAACCUGGGUUUCAGUUCAAUCUGCGAUGCCUGAUGAAUGAUAACAGUGACUUUUUCGUUCGUGUCGGCCAUCCUACCGAUUUGCAAAAGCUGCGUCAGAAUUCGAGUUUGGAUGGUGCACAAGCAUCUGCCCUUAUCCACACGCUGCAACGAAAGAUCGGUCUGAUUCAGGGUCCACCUGGAACCGGCAAAAGCUACACAGGCGUUGCUCUCAUCAAGGUUCUAUUGGCCAACAAGGGACGUGGAAAGAAAAGCCUAGGUCCAAUUAUUUGCGUUACCUAUACAAACCAUGCGCUCGAUCAGUUGUUGGAGUCUCUUUUGCAAAAGGAUGUCACAAAACAGAUCGUUCGCAUGGGGGGACAGUCGAAGUCCGAAAGCCUGAAACCCUACAAUCUCCACGAGCUUGCCAGGAACUUCAGUAAAACAAAGAUGGAAAAGGGCAGUCUGUGGAUUUGUCAUAAUUCCUUAGAGAGAUGCGAGAAGGAGUUCGACCAAAUUGGUCUUCGAGAUGAUAUCUCGCCGACGCGUGUGAUGACCCAUUUACGCGACAGCUACCCUGCACAUUACAAUCAGCUGUUCGGAAUUGACGAAGAUGGUUUCCAGCAUGCACAUAAAGAUAAUCCUGGAAAAGCGUUCGAUCAAUGGCGGAAGUCAGGUGGGAAAGCCUCCACGGGGCACAUUCGACGUGUCGCACAGCUUGAAUCGGUCUCUCUCUGGCAAAUGUCACAGCCUGAGCGAGAGAGUCUCUACAAACAUUGGCAGGCACAAAUUCAAGACGAGAUGCAUCAGGAGUUGAUCAACAUAUGCAUUUCUCAUAAAGACACUAGACGUGAGUUCGACAAUAUCCUGAGCGAAGUAGAUCUGCGUUGCCUCAGUCAAGCCGAUGUCAUUGGUGUCACGACGACUGGAUUAGCCAGAAAUCUCAAUAUGCUUCGAAGAUUAAAAUCAAAAGUUGUACUAUGUGAAGAAGCAGGUGAGGUACUCGAGCCGCAUCUUCUUACUGCUUUACUCCCAUCAGUCGAGCAUGCCAUCCUUAUUGGCGACCAUUAUCAGCUCCGUCCGCAGGUUCAGAAUUAUGAGCUCUCUCGCGAGAAUAAGAAUGGUGGAGAGAAAUACUCAUUGGAUGUAUCGCUUUUUGAACGUCUUGUUGAAAUAGACAGUGCCAUGGGCUGCGGUCUGCCUUACAGUACGUUGCAGACCCAACGACGGAUGCAUCCGUCAAUUGCUCAGCUUGUGCGUGAGACAUUGUACCCGCAGCUUCAGGAUGCUCCCUCGGUAUCUGACUAUCCUCAAGUCAGGGGAAUUCGGAAGAUAUUGUUUUGGUUGGAUCACCGCGAACUAGAGGGCAACCUAUCAAAUGCGGAGGCAUCAGCGACGUCGCGAUGGAACGAUUACGAAGUUGAAAUGACUACUGCCCUAGUCAACCACCUGGUUUGCCAGGGACAGUAUGGCAGUGGCGAAAUAGCCGUCUUGACACCCUACCUGGGUCAGCUGCAAAAAUUGAGGCGGAGACUGGGCAGGUCAUUUGCAAUCACUUUAGGAGAUCGGGACCAAGAUGAUCUCGACAAGGCUGGUCUCCAAGAAGAUGAGGAGCUGGCCCCAACUCCCAUCGCAGUAAAAGGAACACUUCUUCAAAGCCUGCGGGUAGCCACAAUCGAUAACUUCCAGGGAGAGGAGGCGAGUGUGGUGGUAAUUUCACUGGUGCGCAGUAAUCCGCAAAACAAAUGUGGUUUCCUCCGUACUUCCAACCGAAUCAACGUUCUUCUUUCUCGAGCAAAGCAUGGCAUGUACAUAAUCGGAAACUCGAUAACCGCAAUGCAUGUCCUGAUGUGGGCUGAUGUCAUCAAUAUCUUCCAGCGCAACGAGAAUAUUGGCACAAGCUUGGAGUUGCAAUGCCCACGCCAUCCUGAAACUCUAAUCACUGUAUCAAAACCGGAUGAUUUUCCAUGGGUCUCACCAGAAGGUGGAUGUGAUCUGCGUUGCAUUAAACGCAGCUUAGUUGUGGUCAUUUGGCGCAAAGGCUUCCCUGCUGGCAGAGCCAGGAUUUGUCGGCCGUACGUUGCUCUGUGCUUGUCGAGAAGACGGUUCCAAGUUGCAACCACAAAGUUCGAGUUGCAUGUCACGUUGAUGUCAGUUUGCUUCAAUACAGGUGUACUAUGCAAUGCGGGAGUGUAUUGGCAUGCGGCCAUUCGUGCAAAAACCAAUGUUUCAAGUGCUUCACAAGAACUGAGUCAGGGGAUGUCAGCACGGAUCAUGGAGUUUGUCGAUAGAAAUGUGGCCAAAAUCAGAAUACGUGCGCUCACAGAUGCGACACCCCUUGCCAUGGUGAACAGCAAUGCCCACCAUGCCAGUCACCCUGCGAAGUUGACUGCGGACAUUCCAAAUGCGCGCGAAAGUGUUCGGAGCCGUGCACACCCUGCGCCGAAGAGAAAUGUCUUUCUUCAUGUCCGCACAUUGCUGGCAUGUGGACAUCAAUGCCCAUCAGUUUGCGGAGAGAUUUGCCCGCCUGAAAAAUAUUGUCAAAUCUGCGGCAGUGAAGAGAUCAAGGAUUACCCUGUCGACUUCAUUUUAGGAGAAUCAUACAAAGACAUCGACCUUGACGAUAACCCGUGUAUAUUCCCCAAAUGUGGGCAUUUCCUCACGACAGAAACCUUGGACGGACUGAUGGAUAUCGGCAAGUACUACGUGCUUGACGAACGUAGGAAACCGAGUAAAAUUUCCACUUCGUCAGAGCCGUUCUCCAUCAGCGAUAUCAAAACCUGUGCUACUUGUCGUGGACCGCUGAGGAAUAUUGCCAGAUACGGACGCUUGGUACGUCGGGCUAUUUUGGAUGAGUCUACGAAAAAACUGAUCUUAUAUCUGAACCGCGAGUACGUUCCUCUCGCGCAGGAGCUUCCGCAGCGGAAACAACAGUUGCAGGAUACCAAAAACGAAAGGUCCACUUCCUGGCCUAAAACCAUUAGAAUCAGAGAUGAACGAAAUGCACUAGUUCGGCACAUGCGACUUAUCAUCUCUCCCCAAAAAAACGGGAGGUGGAAAGAGAUUCUGGACCUGCGGCAGCGCAUCUCCACGUACCAGAAACGAGUCUCCCCAGAGGAGCAACCGUUCAUCAGAGUUCAUCAACUAGCCACAAAUGCACGCCGCUGGCAGAAUACUAUUAAUACUUCUGAUGAUUUUGGAGAUGUCAGUGAGGUCCUGCAAACUAAGGGUUUCCUCCAAGGAACGGCAUUGAGCCUUCGACUGGAUAUUGAAUUGCUAGCGGACUUUCUGGAGAUGCGUCGUAAUGCUCUUAAAGCUGGUGAAAUCAAAGUUGAUAUGGAUCUGUCAGCUAUGAGAACCGAAUGUGAAACAUUGAUCAAGAGUGCUUCUGAGUCAAAGCGUCCUCUCUAUAAGGCGGAGGGCUACAUAUUCCUUGCUCAACUCCACGCCUUUGAGCGAUCACACAGUUCAUCGCCCGAGAUGGCAGAACGACAUUUAAUAGAAGGGAAAGAAGCGAUCAAUGAAGCCAAGACACUUUGCAACGAAAAUCCUGGUCAAACCCAGGGUCUAGCAACCGAUAUUGAAGGCGCAGAGAAGAUGCUUCGCGGCACGACUUUUUACACAGCAGUAACCAAUGAAGAGCGCAUGGCUGUUAUCGCGGCCAUGGCUCGCGAGUUUAGUGGUACGGGCCAUUGGUAUUAUUGUCGCAAUGGGCAUCCGUUCACCAUUGGGGAAUGCGGUAUGGCGAUGCAGAGGGCUGUGUGUCCUGAAUGCGGAGAGCCAGUUGGAGGGCAGAAUCAUCAAGCUGUAGAGGGGGUCACACAUGCUAGAGAUCUGGAAGUUACGUUUGCGCAGAUGGGUUUGCAUUGA